UGGCGGAAGUCACAACAGGAAUGGAGCUGCUCUGUUGCGGUCGUUGAGUUCUGCGGCAAAACGAAUGCGGAAUGCGGAAUGGAAAAACGAGGAACUGAUAAGUACUACUGCAGUAGUAAGGCUACUGCAAUUACAAAGUAUUUCAUAUGAGAUACAGUAGCACGAAUUGCUAGACAAAAAACAGUCGUUGUUUAAGUCCUUGCAUUCGCUACCAUGCUAGUAGUGUGGUUAUGUUUUAUGUUUUUGACACUGGUCUGCUGUGAUGAGCAGUGUCCGUGUGAAACUCAGGACCUGUGCGAACAAAUCACCGAUGAAAAGGAUUUUGAGGUAUACGUGUUUGAUGUGGGACAUAAGGCAUGGAAGUCCUAUGACUGGACUAAGGUAACAACAGUAGCUGCAUUUGGAAAAUAUGAUCCAGAGCUCAUGUGUUAUGCUCACUCAAAAGGAGCACGGCUAGUUCUGAAAGGUGACGUACAGCUUCCUGGAAUCGUGGACCCUGCGAAGAGAACUGCAUGGAUUACAGAGAAAGUGGACUUGGCCAAGAAGCAGUUUAUGGAUGGGAUCAAUAUUGACAUUGAGCAAGAGGUGCAGGAGUCCACACCUGAGUACUAUGCGUUGACUGCUCUUGUAAAAGAAUCCACUGAGGCUUUUCACAGAGAGAUCCCAGGGUCACAGGUGUCAUUUGAUGUGGCAUGGUCACCCAAAUGUAUUGACAAACGUUGUUAUGACUAUGCUGCCAUCGCAGAAUCUUGUGACCUGGUUUUUGUGAUGUCAUAUGAUGAACAGAGUCAGAUAUGGGGUGACUGUAUUGCUAUGGCAAAUGCACCCAUUUACCAGACUUUAACUGCAUAUGAUCAUUACAUGAUGAUGAAGAUAAACCCCAAAAAACUUGUGAUGGGAGUGCCAUGGUAUGGUUAUGAUUACCCAUGUGUGAAUUUUUCAGAGGAGGGUGUGUGUACAAUUCCUAAAGUACCCUUCCGCGGAGCUCCUUGCAGUGAUGCAGCCGGACGGCAGGUGCCCUACAGUGCCAUGAUGAAACAGAUCAACAGCUCCAUGUCUGGCAGAAUGUGGGAUGAGGUACAGGCUGCCCCCUACUACAAUUACAAGAACAAAGAGGGGCAAGUCCACCAGGUGUGGUAUGAUGACCCAGUGAGCAUUGCUCUGAAGGCAGCCUACGUCAGUGCACGGGGCCUACGGGGAAUCGGCAUGUGGAAUGGCAAUCUCCUGGACUACAGCAACAACACUGUUGCCCAGCAGCAGACGAAAAGCAUGUGGAAUGCCCUUAAACCAAACCAUGAGAAAGAACACUGAGUGAAGAGACAUCCCAGACUCCACAGCUAUUUCUACAAGUCAAUAUAAUGCUUUGUUUUUGGACUGGAGGAAGAACAAGUAUUUUUCUCUUUAAUUUAGGGAUUUGUACUAGUACUUCAAUUAAAUAGCUUUUUUUAUUGCAGUUAUAAAACAUUGGUUGGAUGUCCUUUAAGCAGUUGUUUAAAAAAGACAUUCAAAUUUGUAAUUUAAUAAUAUAAAUUCAGAUUUUCUAUUCCCAACACCUUUUUGAUAUGCAGCUGAGAUGGUUGUUUUUCCGGUUUUGUAACAUAAUUACUCCUCAUAAAUGAUCUUAGUGAUCACUGCGCUAUUGUGUGUGUCGGGAUACCAGGCUCCCAAAAACUGUACCUUGUUUUAUUUUAAAAAUACAUUUUAAAGGGUUUGUAGACCAGGCAUUUUUACACAAUCAAAGAUGUGGUGACUUAGUCUGAUCCCUGACGUGUAGGUUGCGUGGACUUUUACUCUUUUCCUAUCUUAAAUAAUCCUGCUAAAUUUAGGAAAACCAUUACAUCUCUUAACCCUACUGUUUCUGCAACAUUACCAUAAUUCAUCAUUUUCAGCCGAUAACAGAAACAGUGCAAUGUUGAUAUUUUCAAUUAACACUUUUCUGCAGUAUACUUAUUUGGCCACAAAUACAAAGCUCAUAGCACUACUGUUUCAGUGCCAAAUUCUGCUUCUGAUGGUACCUCACUUAUGUAUUGAAGCUUUCUACUGUGUAUAAAUUAUUGAGCAAGUUUCUUCCUACAAAUAUUUGGGAAUGUUCCUGGAUGAAAAUCUCAUUUUUAAAAUGCAAUUGGAAGAAAGCAAUGCCUUAACUUUGCAGCGAGAAAGAAAUUGGUUCAAGCUUCCUUUUUGCCUAUGAUUGAUGAUAGUGACAUUACAUGCAUGCUUCUAACAGGGUCUCUUGCUGUAAUAUACAUUCACCGAGCACUUUAUUAUGAUCAUUUUGUGGUACAUAACAUUUUUCAAACUGUUGCCUUGAUUUUUUUCAUUUAUGUGCUAAGAUAAUACAUAAUACAUUGCUUUGGAAAUAUUACAGUAUUUUUGUAUUUUAUUCCAGAGCCUUUAAUAAACUGAUGAAUUACAACAAAAAAAAUUGAAAUACAAAAUGAUAACCCAUACUCAAGAAUCCAAGCAAUAAACAAGUGGGUUUCACACCUC